AGGGAGGGUUAGCGCGGGGCAGUGGUCCCCCACUUGCGCCCGGCUUCUUCCCUCCGCUCCGGGCGGCUAGCGUUUGCAGCCGUCGAGAACGACGCCCCGGCAACGAGUGACGCGGCGCCGCAGCGGAGCAACCGAUUGGCCGGCGCACGCCCGCUGCUGCCUCGCGGCCUGCUCCUCCCAGGCUUUGCCCUCCGUCUGUCCUCGCCAGUCCUCCCCUGGUGACCUUCGUGGCUGGCGGCCCCACGACGCGGACAUCGCCAGGCUGAGUCAGUUUAAAAGGGCAGCGGCAGCCUCUGGGCUCGGUCGAUGUUAAACGCCCCCUACUCUCCACUACGUUUUUGGUGCCGUCUUGCCCUUCGCGUGGGCUGGCGCCAAGUGUGAAGAGCUGGGGUGGGCCCGGGGUGGGAAGUUUCGUGCAAAGAGAAUCUGACCAGUGACUCGUGAGGAAAACUGACUGGUGCACCCGGGAUUGGCUGCGCCGCCGGAGGGCCAGAGAAGGCGACCUGCUCCUGUGGGGCGUUCCUCAUUCCUCGAAUAGUUGUGCUCAUCUCCCGUUAAGUACUAGGCACCAAGUCUUAAAGAAACAUUAUUACAGCUUCCUUUACUGAGUUUUCUCAGACAGGAGUGUUAGACACACUACGUCCCCUGUCCAGGGUCACACAGCUGGUAAUGGAAGACACAGAAUUUGGACACUUGCCUCUCCGGUCUCCUACACAGGUUGUAGUUAAGGACUUAGUAAACCAAAUUUCCUCCCAAGCAUAGACCCUUUCCUUCCAGGGCAAGCUCCAGCAUGGGGUGAGGUACAGAAGAGAGACUUGAAGGAUACACCCUGGCACUCAAGCACAAAACCUGCACCCUUGACCAGGGUCUCUUAUUCCACGUCUGUGAUGGGGCAAAAUGGGAACAGCACAUCCUGCUCCAGAGGCACAGGGAGAGAACAAGCUAUAUCCACCACUCCUUCCCAAGAAGGAGGGGAACAGAAGCUUCAGAGCCCACCCCUGCAGGACUCACGGUACAUGGUAAACCUAGCUGCAGCCCACCUCUGAAACAGCCACAGCACCUUCUGUGAGAGAAGGAACCCCGGAAUCUGCGGACCAGUUUUCCAGGCCUCCCUCUCUUCCCUCUGCUACCGUUCGUUCCCUUUCUAGGCCUUAAAACUGAAAAUAACUCUCAGCUGGAGGAGGUGGACUCCAGAGUGUGAGUGGCACGCUGCACCCUGAGGGCGCCCGGCCUGGCCCUCAUCAUGCUCGCUGCCUCAGAGGCAGCAGCCGGCAGGCCUUAUGAGUGCAGUGAGUGUGGAAAGAGCUUCCGCUACAGUUCGGUGCUCCUGCGGCAUGAGCGCGCCCAUGGUGGCGACAGCCGCUUCCGCUGUCUAGAGUGCGGCGAGCGCUGCGCACAGGCCGCAGACCUCCGUGCGCACCGACGCGCUCAUGCGGGCCAGACGCUCUACAUCUGCAAUGAGUGUGGCCAGAGCUUCCAUCACAGCGGCCGCCUUGACCUACACCAGAGCGCGCACAGGCGGCGCAGCCGCUCCUGCCGCUGCCGAGCUUGCGGCCGCUGCUUCCCACACCUCCCGGCUCUGCUGCUGCACAGGCGCCACUGGCACCCUCCCGAGCGGCCCCGCCGCUGUCCGCUGUGCCCUCGUGCCUUCCGCCAGAGUGCACUGCGCUUCCACCAGGCACGGGCACACCCGUGGGGGACACCGGCCGUGCCCGCUGACACGCUCCAUCGCUGCACUCAGUGCCACCGGGCCUUCCGCAGCGGUGCGGGACUUCGGAGCCAUUUGCGUGUCCACGCAGCCAGGAGCCCUGGUGACUCCACACUUCGGCAGCCAGGCACUUCGGACGCACACCAAUGUGGUGUGUGUGGCAAGAACUUUGGCAAGAGCUCCACACUAACGCGACAUCUGCAGACGCACUCGGGUGAGAAACCUUUCAAAUGCCCGGAGUGUGGCAAGGGCUUCUUGGAGAGCGCCACCCUGGUGCGCCAUCAGCGCACGCACACGGGCGAGAAGCCCUACGCCUGCAGCGACUGCGGGCGCCGCUUCAGCGAGAGCUCCACGCUGCUGCGCCAUCGGCGCAGCCACCAGGGAGAGCGGCCACACGCAUGCGCCACGUGUGGCAAGGGCUUCGGGCAGCGCUCCGACCUUGUGGUGCACCAGCGCAUCCACACAGGCGAGAGGCCCUUCCCCUGUACUGAGUGUGGCCGCUGCUUCAGCGACCGCUCGGAUCUCACGAAGCACAGGCGCACACACACAGGCGAGAAGCCCUACCGCUGUGAGUUGUGCGGCAAGCACUUCACGUGCGUGUCCAACCUCAACGUGCACCGGCGCAACCAUGCUGGCCACAAGCCCCAUAAGUGCCCUGAGUGUGGCAAAGCCUUCAGUGUGGGCUCCAAGCUGGCACUGCACCGCAAGACGCACCUGGGCGAGCGGCCGGCGGAAUGUGCAGAGUGUGGCAAGUGUUUCAGCCACAGCCGCUCCCUGUCGCAACACCAGCGGGCCCACACUCGUGCUCGCGCGGCCGCAGCUACAGCUGCCGCUGCCACUCAGACCAAGGCGGGCACUGCCCUCAUCUUUGCUGGGCAAGCAGGACAGGAAAAGCCAGGGCUUUUUGUGUCUCAGUUGAGAAAGACUUGCUGAGAGGUCUCCGGAGUGGGCUAGAUAAGCACUGUUUUAGUGCCGUAGGGGUGGGUGGGACAACUCGCAGGUGGAGUUCUGUGGAAAAACAGCGUGGCACAUCACCUUUCUCCAUCUCUGUUGGUAGCACUUCACCUGGCCUCUCGCUGCACCCCUACACCUACUUCCCCCGUCAGCUCUUCGCCUGUUCUCUGUCCGUCCUUCUCCCCCUUUGAGGUGUAGGUGCAGGGGGAACCUCCCAGACCCCACGAGUGGAAGAGCGCCCAAGUACUGGUGUGUCCCAUCCCUGCUGCUGUGCUCUCAGGUGUUUCCUGUUUUCCCAUCAGCAUCCUGUCUUCUCUUGUCCCAUCUCCUUUUUCCAGCCUGAGUCUCCUCUACCUCUUCUAGAUACUUUUGGUGUCCUGCCUCUUCAGGUCAUGACCACAGAUGUGCCGGCCGGAGUCACAUCCCACAGGCCCUGUGGUUUUCUUGCCUCUUCCUUUCACUUGACUGUUAGCCUCUCUGCUGCUUUCUCCCUCAGCUUCUGAGAGAUGGGAAAUUUGCAGAGAGAUAGUGGGGAAGCUCACUUCACUGAAAGAUAUCUCCACACCAGAAGCACCCAGAGAAGUGCUUCACACCCUGUAAAGGUGGGCAGGAGCUCCCAGCAUGGCCGCCCACCUGUCCCAUGGGACAGACCUGUUGGUGUACAGCUCAAGGUGCCUCUCAGGACCGUGUUCUCCAGGUGGGGGACAUCAGCCCCGGGACCUGAGUCAAGACCACAUGGGUCCACAAAGCUGGGCACUGCCAAGUGCAGUAAGAACGCUAUACACAAAUUAAGCUUGGAGCCAUGAGGAAACUGAGCUCCACAGAGGCCACAGUGCAGGGCUGAAAAUUCCCUGUAAUUGGCCAGCGAUGUUUUUUGCUUGCAGGUGGUGAAAUAAAGAAUUAUUUGAGUUCCAGAUGCCAAGAGCUCCCUUUGUCAAACCUGAGGCUGCUGUAUUUGCAGACUUCAGGAGUCACCCAAGAGACAGGCCCUUUCAAAAUUCCAAGGUCUCUGGUCCCUUCCCUAGUUAGCUCAGCAAUCUUGCUCGUAUAACCCCCUCAUUUUUGCACUGGAAGGCAAGACUCUUCAGGGGCCCCUAUACGUUUGGUUCUCUUGGUUAGCGGAGAGUACAGAUGUGGCCCAGGAACACAUACCUCUAAUCCUACUCCAGCCCAACCCUCUGGAAUUCCCUAGUGCCUUGCUUGAAUGCAAGAGUGGAGGGAGUGCCAAAGCGAAUUGGGAAAGAAAGCUGGGUCUUCAGGGUGGGUGCAGGUGGGGGCUUGCAGAGAGAAGAAUAAGGCCUGCACUUAGGGUGCACU